AUGCCCGCGACGAAGACAUAUAUGAUCAGCGACGACCCGGACGUCGAGUAUAAGUGGUCGUGCAACCAGAUCCGCGGCAAGCUGCGCAAGUACAUCGAGAACGGCGGCGCGAAGACGACCGAGAUGCAGCGCGAGCUCGGCGUCAACUCCAACUCGUGGGGCCGCUUCAUGCGGUACACUGGCUCGAUGCAGGGCUGCGACGGUGGUGUGUACGAGGCUGCGACGCGUUUCUUCCUCGACAUGGAGCGCCGAGGUGAAAAGAUGCCCAAGGCUAAACCUGCUCCUGCUGCUGGCAAGGAAAACGCGCCUCCCGCGGGCUCGGCUGCCGCCGGCAUCGUCGCCGAGGCUGGCAAGCCCGCAAGCAAAGGCAAAGCCAAGGCGCCCAAACCUACCACUGCGACUGCGGACGUGACGGGCGUCAAGCUCAAUGGCGAGGACACCGACAGCGUGCCGGUGUACGACAGCUGCGACGUGGUCCGCCGCAAGAUCGAGGCACACCUGAAGCUGCCGGGCGUGACGCGCGCGGCAUUCCUGCGUGACCUCGGUGCACAGUUUUCGGAGAAAGUCAAUAUUCAGAGCAAGCAGCUGAACGACUUCCUCGCCAAGCGCGGGCCCGUGGCUGGUAAUACGUCGCGUGUCUACUACGCCGGGUACGUGUUCUUCGAGAAACGACGCGUCGCCCUCGACCAGCCCAAGAACGCCCACCGCCUCGGCAUGGAGAAGAGCCACCCCGGAGGCGCCGACACGAGCCGCAUGAGGACCCACAUCUUGUGCAGGGCGGACGAGAUCCUCGUCGAGGAUGAGUUCGGAAACCUGCACUAA